AUGAGUGUGGUUGUAUGUGCUGGGGGUACAGUCUUCUUGGAAAAUCCAGUGACGUCACUCCUCUUCGAGACGAAGUUCUUCUUAGACUGGGUUCGCCGUAUGAGGAAGAUCGGGCUCCCCGCUCCUCACCCGCAUUGGCAUGGGAGCGCACUACAAUCAUACGUCGUCGUGCUCCUAUCUAGCCCCCUUAUCCCGAACCUGUGCCAGGUCUACAAGACCAACUUUUGGAUGAAGCACUACAACUCACCAACGAUGAAGAGGACUACAGUGAUCAGCAACAGGUCUUCGGUGCGAAAGUUGGACAAGGGAAAGGUACCAAAGUCUGAUCGCAAGUGUCAGUUUCCGACGAGCAAGAAGACCCCUAAGAAUGGCAUUGUCACAUGGACAGCAACUCCAUUCCUGAAACAAACACAGGAGUACACUCCCUCCUUCGCCCGGGCCAUCGUCGAUAUGCUGCCCAGACUACAAGCGCAGGAUGUGAACAUACCAGUCGACUUUGCUGCUGCAGAGGGGCUCUUUGAGCUUUUCGUUGCGACCCGAACUUCGUCUGCCCUGGUUGGAGAGAGCAAGCGCUGGGAAAUGGGGAUACAGACACUCCGCUUCAUGAGCUAUGUGGUCGGUUGGCCUGGGAAGAUGAGUCUUCCCCCGGGGGCCUUUCAGAAGUGGUUCAGUAUCUUCGUGGGGGAAGGCUUAGGCUGUGUUUCGAACAUGGUGGCCUCCAUGGGUGCCCCAGAGCACGGCGAUGCACGUGGUGUUCGACGCCAGCUGGAGGCCGAGGAGCUGCUUCGAGAGAUUCGAGAGCGCAAGAGAUUGAAGGGCAAGGGUUGUGGCCGAUCAGAUCCUACAGAAAUUGGGGACGGUGUUGAACUUCCGGACACCCUUCGUGACAGCCCUGCUCCCUCUCCUGUGCCUCUUCGCAGUGGAGCUUCCUCUUCCGGCCUCAGUGAUGAAAUUGGACAGGAUAGGCAGCUAGAGAGGCAUGAGGAGCCUAGGAAGGAGAGUGCAAGCAAGCCAGCAACUGGAGACGGCAAGGGUUCUGCUGCUCCCCAGCCGGAGAAGACUGUUGAGCCAGCUCAGCAGCAGCAUCCCCCAUCCUCAGCGCCCAAGCCUGACUCCUCCAAGAGCCUGCCCGGUGAGUUGGCCAACCCAGUUCCAAAGCAUCCUGCUUCCGUUGCAAAGCCCCAUGAUGCAGCUGAUGCGGAGCUCAAACCUGAGCAUCCCGUCUCCGCUUCUGAAAAUCCACCCAGUCCCGCCGCAGGAAAACCUGAGCCGUCUGAGCCAGUUUCCAAGCCGUUGCCGUCAGUUGCGCCCGAGCCAGAGCUGCCAGAGCUUCUGACAGGUGAGGACCAUGACGGGGAUGCCGCUUCCAUGCUAAACAUUCCGGAUCUAUGCGACAAGCAGGCUCCAUCUCCGCCGCCUUCGGAGAUGAGCCUGUCAGACGGUGCCAUUGAUCGCCGAAUGAGGCGGGUUUUUACGGCCCGGGUCGAUGGAACGGUCAAAGUUCCCCAGAAGUUCGUUGAUCAAUGGCGCAAGCGGGGAGAUGCCCGCAAAAGCCUGCAAAAGAUAUUCGCGAGCUGCGGAUACAAUCCGGAAGCAUUUAUUCAGGAGCUUGAAGAGAUUCACGAGACCUAUGAGGAGGAUGAAUUAACCAUAGAGGGCGAGUACACAUCGGAAGCGACGAUGCGCGAGUGGGGGUGGAGCGAGACCCGCAUCGCGGCUGUCAAGAAGUAUUGCGCGAGCAAUCCAGGUCGCUUCAUGAGGCAGCGGGACACCUACGAAGAGGGGCUGAUCCUUUACUGGUGUGAGAAGGCGAUCAAAGCCACGCACAAGUUCCAGGCCGAAGGCGUGGCGGGCGACUCCGGUGAACGCAUUGGCCCGAUUAACUCGCCUUGGGAAGGACAGGAGGAAAUCAAGCCCGCUGAGGCCGCUGGCACACCCAAUAAGGAGGCCCUUGACUUGAGGAAGCGGGCAAAUGUGCCAGAGAUUGAUCCCGACGCCCUUCCCAGCUCUUAUUGCCAGAAGCUUCUACUUUGCCUUACCAAGCGGACCAACAAGCUCCAAGACAUCAGGGAUGAGUGCAAGUCCACGAAUGACAAGGGAGAGAAUACCCUGACCAGCUCCCAGAACAAGAUGUUCAGCAAGCUUGGCAGUGUCAUCGCCGACCUGGAGUCAAUGCAGGAGAAAAUCGAGGAGAUUCACACAGCCGGGGGCUGUGGAGGCUCUCAUGCUGGAGCCCAGAGCAAGGACAGUGUGCACAACCUGCUACGCAUUUGUCCAGUUCGCUGUGUUCCGAAGAAUCGGUUAAAUUGGCUGUCUGGCAGGACAAUGCUGCCCCGUGCCAGCGAUGCAAAGCCCAAGCUUACUCCCAAGGCCAAGGCUUCGGGUAAGGCGGCCCCGAAAGUGAAGCUUGUAAAGGAGGCGCCAAAGAAACCGGAUCCUGCUUUGGAAACCCCGCAGUCCAAGCGGAAGAAGGGCUAG